GGGCUUCCUUUCAAAAUAAAAGCAGGGACAAUGUUUUGAAUGGCGCGGCGUUGUUCUUCGUAAUUGUAGGAUUUCGACGUGUCCCGCUUUUCCCGUUUUUCUUUCAUUUGCAGAUUGAAACACAUAUUUAAUCAUGUCUAAAUUCGUUCCAGUCAUUUGGCCGAAAGUCAUUUUGUUUGGGGACUCGAUAACGCAGUUUUCAUUUCAAGCCAACGGAUGGGGAGCAGAAAUUGCCAACAAACUUGCAAGGAAAUGUGACGUCGUAAACAGAGGACUGUCCGGGUACAACUCCAGAUGGGCCCGCAUCGUUCUUCCUCGGCUCAUCAGCAGCCAAAGCUCAGCAGACGACAGCACAGCAGCUGUUACCGUCUUCUUUGGAGCCAACGACUGCGCACUGGAAGACAAAAACCCUCAGCAGCACGUUCCAGUGUCUGAGUACUUGGAGAACUUGAAGGCGAUCAGCAGACUUCUGACCUCAGUCGGUGUCUCACCUGACAAAGUUAUUUUUAUUACUCCACCACCACUUCAUGAGGCAGCCUGGGAGAAGGAGUGUAUUUUAAAAGGUUGCCCUCUCAAUCGCCUCAACUCCGCCGCAGGUCAGUACGCUCAGGCUUGCGUCCACGCAGCUGCUCAGUGUGGCUCGGAUGUCCUGGAUCUGUGGACGCUCAUGCAAAAAGACGGACAAGAUUUCUCCGUCUAUUUGUCUGAUGGAUUGCACCUCUCUGAUGAAGGAAACCAGUUUGUGGCUCAGCAUCUUUGGGAUCUACUGGAGAGCCGCGUGGUCCACCUGCCCGUGAUCCUUCCUUACUGGGGAGACAUUGAUGCCAGAAGUCCAGAAACUAGCCUCCUCUGUAACAGCUAGUUAUAGAGGGCUGUUUCACUGAAAACUGUAGUUUUUCAGAAUCAUCUGGAAAGAAAUGUCUUCAUUUGACACAAUAAAUGUUCUUUUUUUAA